AUGGCACCUGAAUUAACAUUCACGACGCUCGAAGAAAUCGACGAGAUUUACACCACUCUCAACAAGACCUUCCGGUCAGGCAAAACUAAACCCAUCGCAUUCAGAAAGGUCCAGAUCCUGCAACUAGGUUACCUUCUGCAGGACAACAUUGAACGUUUCAAGGAGGCCUUGGCCGCUGACCUUGGGAGACCUUCGCUAGAAUCUUCAUUCCUCGAGCUUGACUCAACUAUAAGUGACUGCAAGAUCGCUUAUGACCGGGUGGACAAGUGGGCUCGAACCGAAAAGGCACCUUUCAAUAUCAAAUUUGCUGCUUUCCGUCCAGCUAUUCGCAAGGAACCAAAGGGUGUCGUGUUGUCCAUUAGCCCAUUCAACUACCCCGUAUGGCUUGCUCUCGGACCUAUCAUUGGAGCAAUUGCCGCCGGUAACUGUGUCGUCCUCAAACCGUCCGAACUGUCCCCCGCCAUAAGUGGCCUCAUCGCGGAACUAAUUCCAAAGUAUUUGGACAAUGAUGUCGUUCGAGUCGUGUUGGGUGCUGUCCCGGAGACCAACAAGCUCAUGGAAUACCAAUGGGGCCACGUCCUGUACACCGGGAGCGGGCGAGUAGCAAAGCUUAUAGGCGUAGCUGCUGCGAAGACUCUUUCCCCUAUUAGUCUCGAGCUCGGAGGGAAGUCUCCUGUUGUUAUCGACCCUAAAUGUGACUUCAAGAUUGCUGCACGCCGUAUCCUGUGGGGCAAGUGCGCUAAUGCUGGUCAGACCUGCGUCGCACCAGAUUAUGUUCUUGUCCCGCGCUCUUCAGAAGACGCGUUCGUAAAGGCCCUCAAAGAUGCACACGAUGAGUUCUAUCCUUCUGGUGCUACCACCACUCCGGAUAUCUCUCGUAUCAUCAAUCCUGCGCACUUCCAUCGUCUUAAGAAAUUGCUCGACAGCACUUCCGGCACCAUCGUCUUUGGCGGGCAGACCGAUGAGUCACGAAAAUUUAUAGCCCCUACCGUGGUCAAGGGUGUCAAAGAUGAAGAUUCACUAAUGAGCGAAGAACUAUUCGGGCCGAUCCUGCCUGUUAUGCCUGUGGAUGAUGUCGAUGCAGCAAUUGCAUACAUCAAUGCUCACGAUCAUCCGCUCGCUUUGUACUGUUUCUCGCCCGAUGCAGCCUUCAAAAACAAGGUGUUUGACAAUACUCAGAGUGGCUCAGCCAUUGCCAAUGAUGUGAUGAUACACUGCGCUACUGAUGGAUUGCCAUUCGGGGGUAUUGGCCCCAGCGGAUCUGGGUAUCACACACGAACUUUCUCCUUCGACAUGUUCACGCACCUACGCGCCUCUCUUGACUCCCCUGGAUGGGUUGACAAUAUCAUAGGAGGAAGGUUUCCCCCUUACAGCCCCGGGAAAUUAGCGUCCCUCAAACGUUUCCGCGUAAAACUCCCGCCCCGUCCCAUUUCGGCAAAUGGCCAUGUACGUAGUUACAAUAUUUUGCACUUGGAGCUUGGCUUAUUGAACAGGCCCUUUAAGCAGUUAAUCGAACAGAGGCGCAACACCAAAUGGCUCUUCUUGUUGGUCAGUCUGGCAGUUGUCGGUGUUGGUUACACACGUACUGCAGAUGUUGGUGAGUGGGUGAGGUGGUUGAAGGGGUUGAUCAAGGUAUAG